AUGAGGGGCAGGGUGGGCCUGAGGAGGAGGACUCUGCUGCUCGUGGGGACAUUUCUGGGACUGUUGGUUCUCUGGUCUCUUCUGACGCCCAAACCCAGCCACAAAAACCCUUUUGGAGAAUGGGUAAGUAACAACAGCUAACCAGUGGUGAUUUAAAUUUAAAACCAAAGGCUUGAGAUUAAUGUUUGAUAAUAAUCUUAAAUUAUGACAUUUAUGCACCAAUUAAAAGGGGCACCAACACCUUAAAUAGCAGGAAAAUACUAGAAAAACAAAAGUUUAAUUCAGAAAUCAAACAAUAAAAUCAGUUUUAAAAUUAAUUUUUAAAUCUUAAGCUGGAAUUCUCAUUUGAGGGACUCCGCUUCUGGAAGAGCACUAACAGACAGGAUCUGUUUAAUAUAGGAUCAGUAAUGUUACAACAUACAUGCAAUGUACGAUAAGAUAAUAGGGAUAAAUCAUGAUAGAUAAAUAAUAAUAAUAAUAAUAAUAAUAAUAAUAAUAUAAUAUUAUUAUUAUUAUUAUUAUCAUUAUAAUGAUGAUGGAUAAAUAAUGAUAAUAGUAAUAAUAAUAAUAGUAGUGAUAAAUAAUAAUAAUAAUAAUAAAAAUAAUAAUAAUAAUAAUAAUAAUAAUAAUUAUUAUUAUUAUUAUUAUUAUUAUUAUGGAUAAAUACUGAUAAUAGUAAUAAUAAUAAUAGUAGGGAUAAAUAAUAAUAAUAAUAAUAAUGAUAACAAUGAGUAACAGAGGAAGAAGAAGAAGGAAAAACAAAAAUGAGGUGAUGUUAAAGCUAUAGUGCUUAACUUCUACGUGUCUGUAAAUAUCUGUUUCACCCAAGCCACUAUGAGAAGAGAUGCUGAAACACUGAUUAAGCCGUUUGGCUCCUCUAACACCUUGCUGUAUUUUUCAGUAUUUGUUCUUUUUGUAUUUUGUGACACUCCCGCGCUGACUCACAGGAAAUUAUGCGUAGUAUGCUGUACGUCAUAUUGAGGUGCCAGCCCUAUUGUUGUAAUUACGCAGAAAUCCUCUAGGGGAUGAUUAAAGUAAAAGUAAUGCACUACAGUUUUAAAGAGAGAAGAAAUGAGAAACAUAACCCUGGAACUACUUUAUAGAAACAUGUUGUUUCUUACCUCCCUCUCGUCUCUCAGGAGGAUGCUGCCCUGCCCAGAGCUGACCCUGUAGACCACUUUAAGCCUGUGGUGCCUUGGCCUCAUGUGGAAGGGGUGGAGGUUGACCUGCACGCCAUCAGACUCAAACGUCGUAAGACCCCAUCGUGAGCAUCCUUUAUGAACCUACUAAGCUCUGACACUAAAAUCCUGAUCCAAAAUCUUGGUUUUGGUUUUAUCUCUCCAACAGACCCUGAAAACCCCCCAAAACCAGAUCAGCAGCCCAACCAGAAGCAGGUGAUCCAGCAGCAGUACAUGACGUUCAAGCCCCACACUCAUGCCUACACAGACCCGGUGCUGAAGAAAGGUAUCCUGGGAAACUUUGAGCCCAAGCAACCAGAGCUCCCUGGGGUCGCUGGUGGUCCUGGAGAGGAAGCCAAACCUUUUGUACUGGGUCCAGAGUACAAAGAUGCUGUGCAGGCCUCCAUUAAAGAGUUUGGCUUCAACAUGGUGGCCAGCGACAUGAUUUCUCUGGACAGAAGCAUCAAUGACAUCCGCCACGAAGAGUGAGUCAAACCGUUGACACUGUAAAUGCAUCGCUUUGCUGAGUUUUAACUGCAGUCAGGGUUUACUCAAUGAAUAGACAUCUGCAUAAAGGUCAGCUCACAAUCUGGUCUAGAUCAAACAUUUACACUGAACACUAAUCUCCUUGGUGCCAAGUCACUAUAGUCAGCAUUUAGAUUUCCUGAACUCACUGAAUAAAUCAAAAAUGAUCAAGACAGUGUGCCUGCCGACCUCCACUGUCAGGACCCUUGGUUGCAGACCUCCACUGUGAGGAUCUGCUCCACAAAAGACCAGAAGUUGAUUCGAAGCAUUCCCAAUUAAAAGCGAUUACACCUGGAAGUACGCUAAUAUUAUUAAGGUGUUAAAACAUAGAUAGAUAGAUAGAUAGAUAGAUAGAUAGAUAGAUAGAUAGAUAGAUAGAUAGAUAGAUAGAUAGAUAGAUAGAUAGAUAGAUAGAUAGAUAGAUAGAUAGAUAGAUAGAUAGAUUUUAAAUUAGUGCCAAUUGAAUGUUGUUGAUUGUGUUGAUUCAAGCUUCUGGCAGUAAAAAAAAAAAAAAAAAAACCUAGAGCAAACACACGUGAACACAUCCUCCAGAUAGUGAUGCCAAACAUCUGACAGAGCAAACAAAGAAUGUAGGUGUGUCUGGUUCUGACUCAUAGUAGAGGCUGUCUAUUUUAAUUUCUUUGAAGGAACCUUCUCAAAAGGAUAUAUAAAGUUGUAUCUAAUCUAACCAAUCUGACAGACUCCGAUAACUUCUGUUAAUACCCAGCAAUAACAUUAGAUCUGGAUGAUAUACAUAACAUGUGACCAGCUUUAAGAGUGAGUGUAUCCAAACUGAUCAUCUAUGACGGCUGUCUGUCUGUAUGAAUGUGUGGGUUAAUGAUAAUUAUCAUAACGCAUCAGAUUAUAUAGCACUUUUUAUCAGUUACCUUAAUGCGCUUGACACUGGAUACAUCAUUCAUUUCGCUCACACAGUCACACCCUGGUGGCGGUAAACUACCUUAGUAUUCACAGCUGCCCUGGGGCAGACUGACAAAAACAUGGCUGCCAAUUUGUUGUGCACUUUGAGAUUUGUUUUUAAAUGUAAAGUGCGUUACAAAUAAAAUCUAUUAUUAUUAUUAUUAUAAUUUGUGCCCACGGCCACUCCGACCAUCAUCAAACAUCACUCACAAUCACACACCAGUGGAGCAAGGCGAGUUAAGUGUCUUGCCCAAGGACAACAGACAGACUAGGGAUGAGAUGGAAAUUAAACCGUCAACCUUCCAGUUAUUAGAUGACUGCUCUACCUCCUGAGCUACUGCCAACCAGUUGGAGAGUGAUAUGUCACACCUGUCUGAAUGUGACUGACCUGCUGUGUCUCACCUGUCCAGGUGUAAGUACUGGGAGUAUGACGACAGGCUGCUGACCUCCAGCGUGGUGAUUGUGUUCCAUAAUGAAGGCUGGUCUACAUUGGUAAGGACAGUCCACAGUGUGAUCAAGAGAACCCCCAUGAGGUACCUGGCUGAGAUCGUCAUGAUUGAUGACUUCAGCAACAAAGGUCAGAGGUCACUCCUAAAAAAUAGGAAAAGAAACCCUGGUUCCAAAAAAUUUUAGAUGCUGUAUGAAAUGAUAAAUGAAAACUAAUAUCUAAUACUAAUACUUUUUUGGUUGUUUUUUUUUCUCGAAAAACUUUUUCCAGUCAUGUUACUGACAUCAAAUUUAGAAUGAACAGAUUUUUUUCAUCAAACAAUAUAUGUCAAUUUCAAAAUAGAUAUGUGGUCCUUGCACUAUUUUCAGUUUAAUAUAGACUAAAUGAUUUAAAACCAUCAAAUUCCAAUUUUUGUCAACAGUUUUAACGCAGUGUCACACUAACAUCUGACUUAGCCAGCAGAGGACCAACUGCUAAUAAUGACGAAUUUAUUCUUGUACAAUAUGAAGCUUACAUGAAUAUUGUGUGUGUGUGUGUGUGUGUGUGUGUGUGUGUGCAGUCGACCUGAAGGAGCGUCUGGAGGACUACAUCAAACAGUGGAACGGUCUGGUGAAACUGUUCAGGAAUGAGAAGAGAGAAGGACUGAUCCAGGCCAGGAGCAUUGGUGCCAAGAAGGCCACUAAAGGGCAGGUAACUGAUCAUUUCACUGACACACACCUGGAUCUUUCAUGUCACUGAUGGGAAACACUGUCACUAUACGCCAGUGACCCUGUGUGAACCCCAGUGACAUAAAAGAUGGGCAAGAUGAUGUACAGUUUGUCGCCUAACCUCAAACCUAAGUUUACUAGUCAACCUUAACUCUAGAUUUUACACUGUAACAGACACCAUCACACACAGGACACACAAAUCAGAUGUUUGUGUUUUGUUGUUCUCAAGGUGUUGAUCUAUCUGGAUGCUCAUUGUGAGGUUGGAACCAACUGGUACCCUCCUCUGGUUGCUCCCAUAUCAAAGAACAGGUAACACACACACACACACGCUCACACACACACACACACACACACAGUGUAAAUCCUCAAAUAUAGGCCAGGGUAUAACUUGUAUUUACUGCCGCAGGUACCAGGCCUUUAUAUGAGGCAGGUUUUAUUAGAGGCCUACCCUUAUGUCAAAUUCUCCCAGUGUGUGGGAAUUAUAACUUCAUAUAUUAUACAGAGUGAGGGUCUGAUCCACUAAAAAAUGUAACCCUAAAAGCCCCUCAAAGUCCCUCAGAAGACCCAAUUAAUACAUCACAGAGGGCUUAGUUUAAACCUGACAGAAAGUCCAGUCUUCACCCAACCAAGGACCCAGUUUGAACUGUCCGCUAUGGUUGUGAUUUAACCCCACAGAGAGUUUAGUUUAAACAUUGCACUAUGGUUCCUGUUUAAAUCCAGCAAAACUCAAAUGUAACCCUACAAAGCCCCAAGCAAUAACCUCCUAUAGUAAGCCUUUCUAAACUGCACCCAAGGCCCAGUUUUAACCCCUCAGAUGGUCUUGUUUAAACACAUGAGAAGGCCCAGUUUAUACUCAGAUAACUGUGUGUUUGUGUCUGUGAGUUUGUUUCUCUACAUUUUUGGGGUUAUUGCCUGUGUCUGUGUGUACAGGACAGUGUGCACAGUGCCUCUCAUUCCUCUUCUUUUCGUGUCUCCAUCUCCACCCUUCUGUCCACCCACCCCAUGUCUCUGUGCUUUCACUGGCACUGCUGUCUGUGGCUGCCUGUGUCUGUCCUGCAUUUACACCACCCCCACACCCUCCAUCCCCAUGUAUUCUGUUUGUAUGGCCCCUCCCUACUUUGUCAGAACGGUGUGUACAGUGCCUCUGAUUGACAUCAUCGAUGGCCAUACAUAUACCAUCACCACCCAGGGUGCAGGAGACAAGGACAACUUCGCUAGAGGUGCCUGGGACUGGAACAUGCGCUGGAGCAGAAUCCCUCUGGGAGAGAGGGAAAAAAGACAGAGACAGACUCGCACUGAGCCAUAUAGGUACACAAAACAACACUCCCCUGACCGCUGUGGGUGGGGUCAACAUAGAGACAAAACUUUACUGAUGCACAUGGACAGUGUCAGUGUAAAGGUUUGUCAUUGUAAAUAGAAUGGAAUUCAACUAAAAAAUAAAAAAAAAACCUCAUUUAGUAAAUAAAGUUACAAAAAGGGAAAAAAAAGGAGCAACCGACAAUUUAAGACCAUUGAGGAAUUAAAAUGACUAAGUUCACAUUUAUAGUAACAGGGCUCAAGUGUAGAAGUGUAAUGUGAGGUUGAAAAUAUAAAAAGUAACAGUAACAUAGUGUAAAAUGAGGGUACUAUUGGUAAAGUAACAGUAUCAUAGUUGGAAGUAGUUGCACCAUCAGGAAAAAUAUCAGUAAGGUAGUGCAUGGCAAUCGACGAGUAGUGUGACAUACCAAAACCAGAGUAAGUAGCAAAACAUAAAACAAAAAAUCUUACUUACCGGGUGUAAAUUAACAGUACUGUCUCAGAAAAAUUCAUAACUAUAGAGUGUAAAGGAAAAAAUAUAUAAUGUUAAGUAAAUGUUCUUUGGUUUAAAGUAAUGGUUGAACAUGUACAAUAACAUAACUAUGGUGUAAGGUAAUAGUUCUACAGUGUAAAACUGUAUUUGUACUGCAUUAAGUUACAGUUCCAUGGUAUAAAUGAUCAUAACCUUGGUAAUAAGUUAUGGUUCUGUGAUGUAUAAAACAGGUCAUUUAAUCUAAUGUAACAGUACCAUAGCUUAAAGUAACAGUAAAAUUUGAAAGUAGCAAUGCCAUGGUGUUCAGUGACACAUCUAAAAACAAUGUUUAAGGUAUCAUUACUUAAAGAUAAAGUAGGAAUUCUGCUAAUAAAUUACACUGCAGUGAAAAGUUACAUGACCAUGAGUUUUAUUCAAGAUAUUUAUUAAAAGGUUAAAGUUAGAGUUCUAUAAUGUAAAGUUACAGUUUUACCAUCAACACUUACAGUUCUAUAGUGCAAAGUUGCAAAUCUAUGAUGAACAUUUCUUUAAUGGAAAGUUACAGUUCUGCUGUAAACAGUUACACUUCUAUGAGGUUAAGUUACAGUUCUUUAAUGCAAAGUAAAAGUUCUAUGAUGUUAAGUUGCAAUUCCUUGAUUUUAAGUUACAGUUCAUGAAUGCAAAGUUACAUUUAAUUCCUGUAAAGUUGAGGUGCUUUAAUGCAAAGUAACAGUUCUACCUAACAGAACAGUGAUGAACAUUAUCCUGUCAAUCAACCUGCUGAUGAUGUGUUGAUGUGAUGUGUUGACAGAUACCUGUGCUGUGUUUACUCCUGUGUGUGUUUUUGUGCGCCUGCAGGUCUCCGGCCAUGGCAGGGGGUCUGUUUGCUAUAGAAAGAGACUUCUUCUUUGAGUUGGGUCUAUAUGAUCCAGGACUGCAGAUCUGGGGAGGAGAAAACUUUGAAAUAUCCUACAAGGUACGCACAGAGUACUGCACUAUUACUAUACUUUGAUAGUUAAAGGUUUCAGAGUAUUACUCUCAUAAUAUUAUUUAAUCUGUGUGUAGAUCUGGCAGUGUGGUGGUCAGCUGCUCUUCGUGCCGUGCUCUAGGGUGGGUCACGUCUACAGGCUGGAGGGCUGGCAGGGAAAUCCUCCUCCUGCACAUGUGGGAUCCUCCCCCACCCUAAAGGUAGAGCUGCUCACACUUGCACACAUCUGCAGAGGGAAGUAAAGAUUAGCAGGAAAAGGAAGAGAAGAUCAAUGCAAAAACAUCUUCUGUAUUAUUUUAUAGAUUGUAAAAAUGCAUUUGGUGGGCUGUUCUACAGAUUCAUGUGUAGACUGCACUUCUGUGCAAGAUGGCGAGAGGUCACUGUCUAUGUCCACUAGGUAGCACUAGAGUUGAGUACAAUAAUAAUGGAGGAUGACUUACAAUUUACUUAGUACCCUGUACCUCUACAUCACAUAUGUCAGAGUCAAGGCCCGCGGGCCACAUCCGGCCCGCGAGAAGGUUUUUUACGGCCCCUGGGAUUAUCUUGAUUUAUUAUUAGAACCGGCCCGCAGACCGCAGCAAGCCGGCAGCCCGCAGAUCUUUUACACGCACCAAUACUACAUUUCCCACAAUGCAACGGUGACGCACCGAGCAGUAGGCUGCUUCAUUUCAAUAUUUAUUAGCACAGCAGUCGUCAGCAUAACAGUUAAAUUAACUUUCAGAUACCCAUCAAAAAUGGCAAAACGGAAGGUGGACACUGAGAACCGGGGGUUUCAAACAAGGUGGGAGUCGGAGUAUACGUUCACGGAGGUAGCUGGAAAACCUGUGUGUCUUCUGUGUGGAGAAAGUGUGGCGGUACUGAAAGAGUGUAAUCUGAGACAUUAUGAAACGAAACACGCGGACAAAAACAAAUAAAUACCGAAUAUGAAUAAUACCGGUUUCUUUCAUUUAAUGUUCAUGUUAUGGGGAUUUUUAUAUAAAGGAAAUUUGUCUUUUGUGUCUGUUGAAAAUUAAAGAUUACUGACAGAGCCAUAAGAAAAUAUUGCUUUGUUUAUCUGAUCAUAUUGGAAUAUAUUUGUUAGGUUUUCAGUAGGUUCAAUUAGGUUCACUAGACUAUAUGCGUCAUUUAAAAAAAUUUCAAUGAACAUUCGAUCAGUCCGGCCCUCGGCUUGUAGCUAAAUUUUUUAUUUGGCCCUCCGUCCAUUUGACUUUGACACCCCUGCUCUACAUGAAGCUGUGACACUGAAUAUUUGCACUUAUAUAAAUGUGUCCAGGCAAAUAGAGCUGUGAUAUUUAUGCAACAUAAGGAUUCACAGAACUGAACGUCUCAGUUUAGGAGACACAUGUAAAUAAAAAGUGGUUCUUUAGCACAAACACAUGAUCUGUAGAUGUUUCUGCCCUUAUGUGAAGUCAGUGUUUGGCCUGCAAAGAAAAAUUUUAAGUGUAAAGGAUGUCUCAUAGCCAGCAGGUGGCAUUAUAACUACAGUUAAAUAUUGUUUGUUAAUUCACACAGACAUGGACUUUUCCAAGAGGGAGGCAGAGCCAUGCUCCAACCCCAAAACACCCAUCAUUCCAUCAACGUUUCAUCUUUUACAAACUGAUCAAGCCUUAAGGUUGAUAAAACAUUAAGUGUUUAACAGUUAAAGUGUGAACCCUGCCAAUGACAGAAAUGAGCCCUGAUUUGAAUGUAGACCCAAAUAGUGGAAAGAGGUUGAGAGUGCGUGGGACUGAUGUGUAAACCUGUUCAGAUUAUUUGUAACAGGAUUCCCCCCUGUGGCCCCUUCCCUGUUUAUCAUUCACUGCUCUCUCUCUCUUGUUCCCGGCUCUAUCCACUGUCCUUUCCUCUGUCAAUAAAGACCAGAAAGACCCCAAAAGGAAUCGUACAGAGUAAAUUUACUCAGUUUUUAUUUGCAUAUGAAGGUUAAUAAUCGUUGGGCAUGUUUAUCCACUCAGAAAUGAGGUUCAUUUGGCACCUCAGUUUUAUAAGCUCAAAGGCAGGCUCUUUCUGCACUGUUGGCUCUGAAAGUAGCAUUAAAAAAAGUGAAAGGAUUAUAGAUGAGGUGAUCAGAAUGUUUAAAACUGUGUUUAUAAUCCUGCAUGUUUGUUUGAUCAGAACUAUGUGCGAGUGGUGGAGGUGUGGUGGGACGAAUACAAGGACUAUUUCUACGCCAGUCGUCCUGAGACUCUCACACUGGCCUAUGGAGACAUCAGUGAGCUCAAACGCUUCAGGUAACCCACAGUCAUUGAUUCUAGACAGAUUUAUUCUGUAUUCUGUCUGAGUCACACUUUUGAACACCUUUGAAAACCUGUCAUCACUCUGAGGACCCUCCCUGAAGAGUCACUGUGUUCAGAUUAUCUCAGACUAACAGACUGCGUGAUGGUAGUUCAGCUACAACACUCCAUGUAGAUCAUUGAGUCCAGAUCCUGUCAGUGUCUGAUAAUUCAGCUGUACAGGGCUGUGUUGACUUUUUGGGCUAGCAGCAACUAUUUUCUAUUCAAACUGAAUGCAGCUCAGCGUUCUUGUACUGGAUGUCUUCGGCGCAAAAAACACCCUCAGUGCCUCAGUUUUUCUUGACCACUGACCAAUCAGAAUCAAGAGGGGUGGGACUUCUAAUGUCUUUGACAAUAACAGUGGCAGAAUCUGAGUGCCAAAACACACGUGUGAUUGCAAGAGAAGAGCGAGAGAGAAGAGGUUCCUGUAUGUUGGGUCAGUCUCCACUAUCCUCUACUAUCAAGAUAGUAGAGGUUGAUAACAUUGUGAGGAUCUGUUGAGAUAAGCAGACCCUCUCACUCCCUUUACUUCAGCUGAACUCUUGUUUUUACGGUUAAUCCCCCAUUUUCCACUCAAAUGAAUCUCUGCUGGUCUGUUGUUGACAUGCUCCAUUGGGGUAUCUCAGUGCUGAUUGGUUAUCAUGGUUUGAACAGCGGGUUAGCGGGUCAGCUGAUUGUAUUUGAUCUGUCGGUUUCUCUGUCUGCAGGGAGAAGCAUCGCUGCAAGAGCUUCAAGUGGUUCAUGGAGGAGAUUGCUUAUGACAUCCCUCUGCACUAUCCUCUUCCUUCUAAGAAUGUGGAGUGGGGGGAGGUAGGGGUACACACAGACACAAACAGACACACACACACACACAUACCUUCUCUGUCUAUCAGUGUUUGUCGUCAUGCUGUGUCCUUAUUCAUGCUGUGUGAUACUGUGACUCUACAGAUCCGAGGCUAUGAGACCAGUUACUGUAUCGACAGUAUGGGACACACUGAUGGGGGAACUGUGGAGAUUGGACCCUGCCACAGGAUGGGGGGCAACCAGGUACUGACCCACAGGGAGCUGCUGGUCAACAAUCUGUCUUUAGAUAACCAUGAUCAUCAAUAAUCAGGUCUAACAGCAGGCUAAACCCUAGGCAAGAGCCAACUGUUACUGACUAAAAACAGCUUACUCAUUUUAAGUGUGUGUGUGUGUGUGUGUGUGUAUUUGUGUAAAGUUGUUCCGUAUCAAUGAAGAUAACCAGCUGAUACAGAAUAAUAAGUGUCUGGCCAAAGGAGCGAAUAACACGGUGAUCAUCACACACUGUAACCACAAGCAACACACUGAGUGGAAGUAUUUUAAGGUAUGUGACACACACGCGCACACACACACACACGCACACACACACACACAUACACACACACACACACACACACACACACACACACACACACACACACACACACACACACACACACACACACACACAUUGAUUUCUUAACAGUAACUGUAUGUUUUUGUCUGCGUGUUCAGGAUCUGCAUCGGUUCACUCAUGUGCCAACAGGUAAAUAUUAAACGUUGAACACCUGGUUGUGUUGUGUGGUUGUGUUGAGAUUUGGCUGAAUGGUAUCUUAGCUAAGAGUAUCUAAGAGUAUUGUUGUCAUGUAGGUUUGUGUGUCUCUAUGAUGAUGGUACCAUGAAGCACAGUAACUGGGAUGGUGCUGAAUAUCUCUGUAGUUUUCACAAUAUGUAGAAUUGAUGCUUUUGGAGUUGAACUCCACACUGUACGCCUCUAUGGAAGUUGCUGACUGUUUAGUCAUGUUGCUGUGUCGUUGUGUUGCACUGAGAUAAUGUGACUAGCUGUCCAGCAGUGUUUCUGCAUGUCUCUAAAGGGGGGUUACUGUGCAUAUUUGUAGAAAUGUAAUUCUUGAGUUGAUACAUGUAUGAUCUUGUUAUGAUGCUCUUUAUCUGUCGAGCACUAAUACUUUAUCGAUCCCCAAUGUGAAAUUCCUUUGUCUGGAGUCUUAUCGUUUAUAGAAUUGUAAAGUCUGAUGGCUGUGGGUACAAAAGAGUUUUAGAGUCUCUGUCCUGCAAUGAAGAGGAGUCAUCCACCACCAUUUGAUCCAAAGGGUGAGGUGGAUAAUUGAUGUUUUUAAUAGCCUCCACCUUCCUCAGUGUUCAUCGCUCCAACACAUCCUCCACUGAGUCCAACUUGAUUCCAACCACAAAGCCAGCUUUUUUCACCAGUUUGUUUAGACUUUAUUAGUGUGGCUGUGUAGGGUAAGGGACAAUCACAGGUUUACACUAAGGUAGACCAACAACGCAACCUCGGGACUUUCACCCAAAGAGUUUCACAUAGUUCUAACAAUAUACUGUAAGGCUAACACAGGUUCAAAAAUUCUACAAGCAAGACAGAUGUGGUUAAAAAACAAAUUAGUUGUUUUUGAACCACGUCAAUUAUUGCUUUUGUUGGGCAGAGAGUUUUUUUUUAUCUCCAUUCUCUAGCCUUCAGCUUUGCCUUCACCUUUGCACCAGCACUGCAACUACAAUUACACCUCUUGAUGUGUCUGUGUAUAUUUGUAGUAAUGUAUCUGUGCAUUCUUGUAGUAAUGUAUCUGUGUAUCUUUGUUGUGACGUAGGCCUAACUGUGUAUCUUUGAGGUAACGUAUCUGUGUAUCUUUUUAGUAAUGUAUCAGUUUUUCCUUGUAGUAAUGUACAAAUUUAUCUUUGUAAUAAUGUGUCUGUGUGUCUUUGUAGUAACGUAUUUGUGUAUCUUUGUAGUAUCAUAGCUGUGUGUUGUCUCUUUGUCUCAGGAAAUUGUCUGGACCGCUCUGAUCUGCUCCACACAGUGUCCAUCUCAGUCUGUGACACCAGUAAAACCAGUCAGAAGUGGGAGAUGA